AUGACGAAUAACACAACUUGGAAGCCAGAUUCUUGCCAAGACUGCCGUUGCCGUAGCAGUAUUGUCACCUGUGAACCCGUCGUCUGCAAACGCCCUCGGUGUGACUUUGAGAAGGGAGAAGCGCUCCAAAUAGCUCCCAACAAGUGCUGCCCUGAGUGUGCGUCCCGAGCCGAAGGAUUUUGCCAGCACGAAGGACAGAUCCACAGCCACGGCACGCAGUGGACCAGCUCUGGAUGCGUCCGGUGCUCCUGCGCCCACGGGAAGGUGAACUGCACCCCCGCGCCCUGCCCAGCCCUCGCUUGUGGACGAGGGGAGCUGCAACGCACUGCGCAGGGAUCCUGCUGUCCCAAAUGCAUGGGCCACGGCGAGCCUUGCUCCUUUGAUGGACGCUUGUUCCGGGACGGUGAGGACUGGCGCCUCGGUCGGUGCUCCAAAUGUGUCUGCAGGGACGGCGAGACUCAGUGCUUCACAGCUUCCUGCCAGCCUCUCCUGUGCAGCCAGGAUGAAGUUAUGGUUGUGUCUCCUGGAAAAUGCUGCCCAGAAUGUGUUCCAAAGCCCUGCUCGAUGUCAGGAAGAGUCUACCAGCAUGGCGAACGGUGGAAAAAAAAUCCCUGCACUGCAUGUGCGUGUCACAGAGGAGAAGUCAGAUGUCUGAGAGAGACCUGUGACGGUAUUACCUGCGAGAAGGGGGAGAACAAAGUGCAGCGUCCUGGGAAGUGCUGCGAGGAGUGCGUGUCUUCCGAGGGAAACUGCCUGUACGGUGGCACGAUCAGGUACCACGGUGAGAUGUGGAACAGUACUCGCUGUGACUUCUGCCUUUGUGAUGAAGGGAAGGUCACUUGCCAGGAAGCCGAGUGUGCCAGAGUGGAGUGUGCCAAGGGUGAAGAAUUAAUUCACUUAGAUGGGAAGUGCUGUCCUGAAUGUAUUGCAAGUAAUAGUUCCUGUGUUUACAAAGAACAUACCAAAGCUAACGGCGAGAAAUGGGAAGAAGGACCGUGCGGAGAAUGCGAAUGCCGGGACGCGGAGGUGACCUGCUUCCUGCGUUCCUGCCCGCCCUGCCCGCCGGGCAGCCUGGCCGUUGAGGCGAAGGGUGACUGCUGCCCACGCUGCGAGCCAGUUGAGUGCCACCCAGACUGUCUGACCUGCUCGCGGUCCUUUGAUCACUGUAACGCCUGCCGAGACGCGAGGAGGCACCUGCAGAACGGGCGCUGCGUGGAGACGUGUGAAUCGGGCUUCUACCAGGAUGGGGGGACCUGCUUAGCCUGCAAUGAAACCUGCUCAACCUGUACCAACGGAUUUGAGUGCUCCUCGUGCCAGACAUCCCUGCUAAUGAAGAACGGGCAGUGCGUGACUUUGUGUGGGAAGGGAUACUUUCAGGAUCGGCUCCUCUGUACAGCUUGUCACGAGUCCUGUUCCUCAUGCUGGGGUGCUGCCGAGAACAACUGUUUGUCCUGCAGAGACACGUCGCGCGUGCUAAAAGCGGGGCUCUGCGUGGCCAGCUGCGGGCAGGGAUUUUAUACAAAGGAUGGAAUCUGCAGCGCUUGCGACCAGUUCUGCGAAACGUGCCAUUCAGACCAGCCCGCGUGUUUGACCUGUGCUUCAGAGAAGUUGUUACAUGAUGGGAAGUGUGUUUCAGAGUGCCCGGACGGGUAUUUCCCAAGCGGCAACGGAAGGUGCGGAGCUUGUCAUGCUUCGUGCUCCACGUGCGAGGGACCUCUGGCUACUCACUGCACCUCCUGUCCCUUUCCUCUGGCAUUGCGCCGGGGCCAGUGCCUGCAGAGCUGCGGAGAGGGUUUUUACCAGGAUCACGACGUCUGCAAGGGUUGCCACCCAUCCUGCCGUACCUGCGUUGGCCCGGGGGCCUCUGGUUGCCUGCGGUGCAGCGUGCCAGAGGACGUACUGCAGCCUCAGCAGCCCACGGACGGACCUGUACACGGCCUUUGCCUCUCUCACUGCCCAGCUCGCUUCUACGUGGACAGCACAGGAGCCUGCAAACAGUGCCACUCCUCCUGCGCAGGCUGCGUGGGGAACGCUUCGCGGGACUGUACGGCUUGCCUGGCUUCCCACGUCCUGCUUGAAGGCAGAUGCCUCCCCGGGUGCCCAGAGGGGCUGUUCAGCCGCAACGCUCGCUGCUACUCCUGUCAUCCGUCCUGCAAGACGUGCCGCGGCCCUUCUGCGUCGGAGUGCUUAACCUGCCAUCCCCACGCCACCCUAGCCGGUGGAACGUGCAGGACUAGCUGCAAGGAGGAGCAGUAUCUCAACCUGGUGGGAUAUUGCGUGGACUGCCACCCUUUGUGCCGUCAGUGCGUGGCCAACCUGCGGGACACCGGCAGCAUCUGCCUCGAGUGCCAGAACGCCCGUCACUUGCUCCUGGGGGAUCACUGCAUUCCUGACUGCCCGGUGGGAUACUACGCGGAGAACGCCGCCUGCAAAAGGUGCCACCCCUCAUGUAAAACCUGCACGGGCGAGGGUCCUUUGUCCUGCUCUUCCUGCAACGCCAGCCUGGUUCUCUCCCACACCGGCGCGUGUGUGCCGGGCUGUUCCCCGGGGUACUACAGGGACGACAGGCAGACCUGCAAACCUUGCAACAGCCAGUGCCUGAGCUGUGAAUCAGCCGCCGGCUGUACGUCUUGCCGAGAUCCCGCUAAGGUCCUGUUGUUUGGAGAAUGCCAGGACGAGACCUGCGCUCAGCAGUAUUAUCUGGAUUUUUCCAGCAAGACUUGCAGAGAGUGUGACUGGAGCUGUAAUGCUUGUAAAGGUCCCCAGAGCACCGACUGCCUGCAGUGCAUGGAGGGCUACGUUCUCCACGAAGGAGCUUGCGUGGAACGGUGCCCUGCAGCCUUCUACAAGGAGUCGGACACAUGCCAGAGGUGCGAUCCGCACUGCCUCCAGUGUCGCCGACCAGAUGAGUGCAGCCUUUGCCGAGCUCCCUUCUUCCUCUUGGACACCCAUUGUGUUGGCAAAUGCGGGAAGCGAUAUUACGCAGACCGCGCACGGCGAAAGUGCACGGCUUGUCCUCCUGGGUGCCUGGAGUGUGACAGCGACAGCCUGUGCCACCUCUGCGACAGCACCACGUUUCUGAAGAAUAAGAUCUGUGUUUCUGCCUGUGGCCGGGGUUUCUAUGGCAAUACACGGACCAGAGAGUGUGAAGAAGCCGGCGAGCAUCCCUUGAGCUUCCACGUGAACGGUACCCUCGCAGUGGGGAUUGGCGGGGUGAAGCCCCUAGACCUCUCCUUUCUGGGCGUGCGUGACCUGGACGGUGACGCGGAAGAGCUCUGGUUCCAUAUCGACAGCGCUCCCUCCAACGGCAGGCUGGUGAUGGCCGUGGACGGGAAAGAGGUGCAGCUGAGCAAAGGCGACCGCUUCAGCUCCAAGGAUGUGAAGGAGAAGAGGGUCCGCUUUGUGCACAGCAAAGAGAAAUCCAGGAAAGGACGGUUUUCCUUGAAGGUCAGCGAUCAACAGUUCUUCUCCCAUCCUGAGGUCGUCAACAUUCAAGCAUUUUCAACCCAGGCCCCGUAUGUGUUCAGAAAUGAAGCCCUCCUCGUCCGCAGAGGGGAAACCGGGACUAUAACAGAACUGUUGCUUGGCGUGAGAGACAGCGACAAUCCUCAGGACGUCGUGCUGAUGGUUUUAGAGCCUCCACGGCACGGGCGGCUGAUCAAACCUCCCGGAGACUCGGCUGCUGCAGUCCACGUAUUCCACCUGGAUGACCUUGCCGGCGGACUGCUGCGUUACGCUCACGAUGGCUCUGACACCCGGGACGAUGCCGUUGUUUUGCAAGUGAACGAUGGGUACCGCUUCCAGAACGUCCUGUUCCACGUUAAGAUUGCUCCCAAGGAUGACGGAAGCCCUCAGCUGGUGACCAAUUCCCUGGUCUGGGUGCCCCAGGGAGGCAUGCUACAGAUCUCCAAGAGAAUUCUGCACGCCGAGCUACCCGGUGCCCGUGACUCCGAGAUAACCUACACCAUCACCAAGGACCAGCCAAGACACGGGGAAGUGGUGCUUCUGGUCCCGAUGCCGGCAGACGGCCCAGCAGACUCCUGGCAGCUUCUGCCCGAUGGAAGAGCAGCCUCGCCUACAACCUCUUUCACCCAGCAGGACAUCACCGAAGGCGUCGUGUGGUACAGGCACUCUGGAUCUGAAGUAGAGAGCGACUCCUUCCAAUUCCAGGUGUCCAGCUCUGCCGGUCCGCAAACCAGCUUGAAAAGCCACGUGUUCAACGUUGCUGUUCUCCCGCAGACGCCCAGAGCGCCUCAGUUUUCCCUCGGCUCCUCUUUGCACAUGGCUGUGCUGGAGGACCGCGUGACAGUGAUUGAGCCCCAUCACCUCUCCUUUGUAGACCCGGAGAUUCCCAGUGAGAAAAUCCUGUUCAACGUGACUGUCCCUCUCCCUCCCGGCCAAGGCAUCGUGGAGCACAGAGACUGGCCUCUCUCCCCCGUCAGGUAUUUCACCCAAGCAGAUAUAAACCACGGCAAGAUUGCGUAUCGCCCGCCGACUGCAGCUCCUCACUUGAGAGAGAUCAUCGCGUUCUCCUUUGCGGGUCUCCCAGAGUCAGUGAACUUCCGAUUCACAGUGUCUGAUGGAGAACACACCACCCCGGAGAUGGUGUUUGUCAUUCAUUUGCUCUCCGCGGAGCAGCAGCCUCCAGUCUUCCAGAUCACAGCUCCGUUCCUGGAGGUCAGCCAGGGGGGCAAAGCCACCAUUGGGAUCCAGUUAGCCGUGAGCGACACAGAUACGGCCCCCGAGGGUCUUUUCUUUGAGCUGGUGAAACCUCCCCGUCACGGCGUUGUGCUCAAGUACGGCGCAGGCGUGCAGGAGCGCAUGAGAGCAGGCGACACCUUCACCUACGAGGACGUCACUCGAAAUGCUCUGCAGUACGUGCACGAUGGUUCGUCAGCAGCAGAGGACAGCAUGGAGAUCUCCGUCACCGACGGCGUCACCACAGUGACCACGGUGCUGAGGGUGGAAGUGGCCCUGCUGGAUAACGACGGUCCGCAGCUGGCCCCGGGCUGCCUGCUGACAGUCACGGUGGCUAGUAAAAGCUCCGUGACUCUCUCUCGGUUGCACCUCGCUUAUGUUGACAACAAUUCUCCCGACUCGGAGAUAAGAAUCCAGUUAAUCUCUCUGCCUGCGUACGGCACCCUCUUACGGAUGUCUGGCUCUCGUGCUGAAGGGCUUUCCAAGGUUUAUAAUUUCACCAUGGAAGACAUCAACAACCAGAGGAUCAGCUACUCCACCACAUUUGAGACCAGCAAUCAGCCCGUUACGGACAUCUUCCACUUCGCCGUUUUUGAUGCAGAUGACAACCGGCUCGACAGGCAGAUGUUCACUGUCACAAUCGCGCCUGCCCAGACAAUGCCAUCGCUCGUUGCUUUUGCUGACCAUAUCACUGUGGAUGAGGGAGGCAGGGUCCCGCUGCUGGCUCAUCACCACGUAGCUGCGGAUUACGAUACGGCUGCCAAGGAAGACCUGAGGGUCACAGUUCUCACUCUCCCUAUGUACGGCUACCUUGAAAACACUAAGACAGGUGAGAGUUUUGGCCCACAGAGCGAGUCUGCCGUGACCGCAGACGCAUCCUUUUCCCUUCAAGAUGUUCUAGAGAACAGCAUUUACUACUUCCAGAGCCUCCACGAAAGCAUCGAGCCGACGAGCGACGUUUUCAGCUUUUACGUGAGCGACGGCUUCAGCCAGUCUGAGGUGCAGAGCAUUAACAUCACAAUUCAGCGGCAGAACGACGAGCCCCCAAAGAUGGUGCUGGAACCGGUCAGGGCGCGGGAGGGCUCGGGUCUGGUCGUUACCAACUCUUCCCUCAACCUGCGGGACUUGGACACCCAGAGCAGUGAGCUUGUCAUCACGGUCACCGAAAGUCCUGAACACGGUCAUCUCCGCAAGAGGCAGACCGCUGCGGAGCCCCCGCAGCGUGGACGUGCGCUGGCCGUGGGCUCGUCCUUCACCUACCAGGACAUUUUGGAUGAGCUGAUCGUUUAUACUCAGAGCGGAGCGGCAGCACAAACAGACGAGUUUGGCUUCUCCGUCACGGACGGUCUCCACACGCGGACGGGGAGGCUGGAGUUCUUCAUGGAGCUGCCGAAGAAGCAGCCACCCACGUUAGAUGUCAACGGGGGCUUGCAGCUCCCAGUUGGCUCUGCGGCAUACCUCACAGAUCAGCACUUGAAAGCAGCAGCUCUUUAUUCGGAUGACACAACGAUUCGAUUUGUCCUGAAGAAGGAUCCCAGCGUGGGCCAGCUCCAGUUGACCAAAACUGAUAAUCCCGUCCGGAUCUCUGUCAAAGGACCUGUGAAAAGCUUCACGCAGGCUGAUAUAAAUAAAGGGCACGUGCUGUACAGUCAUGAGAAAGGGGAUCCUGGCGGAAAUUUCGCCUUCGCCUUCGAUGUGACCGAUGCAGAUGGCAGCAAACUGUCGGACCAGGUUUUUUAUAUUAGCGUAUUAGAGGACAGAUUCCCCCCUUCCAUCAUCGCUAACGAAGGGUUGGUCUUGGAUGAGAACUCAGCAAAGACAAUCACGCCCCUCCAGCUCUCCGCCAGCGACCGGGACAGCGAGCCGAGCCAGCUGCAGUACAAGCUGACCAAGCAGCCACAGCUGGGGCAUUUGGAGCACGCCGCCUCCCCAGGGACAAGAAUUAGUUCUUUCAGCCAGGCAGACUUGGCCUCUCGCAGCAUCCGGUACGUCCACACCAGCGACAUUGAAAAGCACGCAGAUGCGUUCACCUUUUCUGUUUCUGACGGAACGAAUGAGGUGAGCCAGACGUUUGACAUCACCAUAAACCCUGUGGAUGACUCCUUACCCGUAGUGCAAAGCCUCGGGAUGACGGUUCAGGAGGGUCUGAGAAAAACCAUCACGGAGUUUGAGCUUAAAGCAACAGAUGCUGACACAGAGGCUGACUCAAUUACGUUGACAGUCGUGCAGCCCCCCCGGCACGGCCUGAUCGAACGCACCAGCAACGGGCAGCGUUACCACCAAGCCACCACCUUCACGAUGGACGACAUCUACCAGAACCGCAUCAGCUACAGUCAUGAUGGUAGCAACUCGGAGAAGGAUCACUUCACUUUCACUGUGUCUGAUGGGACCAAUCCCUUCUUCGUUAUGGAAGAUGGCGGGAAGAAGGUUGUGACAGCAGCACCGCAGCGCUUCACAGUGGCCAUCCUCUCUGUGGAUGACGGGACGCCCAGGGUCGUCACCAACCUGGGUUUGCAGUGGCUGGAGUACAUGGAUGGCAAGGCAACCAACCUAAUCACGAAGAAGGAAUUACUGACGACCGAUCCUGACACAGACGACAAGCAGCUGAUCUAUGAGAUAACAACUGGUCCCAGAAACGGUUACGUGGAGAAGAAGCUGAAACCGGGGACAGCUGUGACCACCUUUACGCAGGAGGAUGUGAACCAGGGCCUCGUUCGGUACGUGGCACAUGAGGAGAAGGUUCAGGAGACCACGGACAGCUUUCAGUUCCUAGUGAAGGACAGUAAACCCAACGUGGUCAGCGGCAACAUCUUCCACAUCCAGUGGUCCCUCCUCAGCUUUACACGCACCAGCUACAACGUCAGAGAGAACGCAGGCUCUGUGAGCGUCACCGUGAGGCGGACUGGUAACCUCAACCAGUACGCGAUCGUCUUGUGCCGCACGGAGCCGGGAACGGCCACCUCCAGCUCCGGUUCGCAGCCGGGAGAGCAGGACUACGUGGAGUACGCAGGGCAGGUGCAGUUUGAGGAGCGGGAGGACACCAAGGCCUGCACCAUCGUCAUUAACGAUGACAACGUCUAUGAGAGCGUGGAGAGCUUUGCCGUGGAGCUCAGCAUGCCGGCCUACGCUCUGCUGGGGAACGUCACCCGGGCCACCGUGGCCAUCACCGACGUGGAGGACGAGCCCACCCUGCAGUUCGACAGGAAGACGUACCACGUCAGCGAGAGCGACGGUUUUCUCUCUGCUCCCAUCGAAAGGAAAGGGGACACCAGCAGCACCGUGUCUGCCGUCUGCUACACUGUGCCCAAAUCAGCCAAGGGAAGCAGCCUUUAUAUGCUGGAAUCCGGCUCCGACUUCAAGUCCCGGGGGAUGGCGGAUGACAGCCGCGUUGUUUUUGGUCCGGGCGUCACCCUGACGACGUGCGACGUCACGCUGAUCGAUGACAGUGAAUACGAAGAAGAGGAGGAGUUUGAGAUCGUAUUGGCCGAUGCCUCGGACAACGCGCGCAUUGGCAGCCGGGCUUCAGCCAACGUCUUCAUCGGCGGACCUAACGACGCCUCCACGGUGUUCCUGGGGAAUGCUACUUUUACCGUCAGCGAGGCUGCAGGAAACAUUGAGAUUCCAGUCCUCCGACGGGGACCUGACCUCUCAACCCCCAUCUCGGUGUGGUGCGCCACUCGGACGUCAGACCCUCCGUCUGCCAGCCCGGGAAUCGAUUAUGUCCCCAGCUCCAGGAAAAUAGAGUUCAGGCCAGGCAAGACAGAAGAGUUCUGCACUCUGACGAUCCUGGACGACGCACAGUACCCGGUGAUCGAAGGGCUGGAGACGUUCGUUGUUUAUCUCAGCUCGCCCCACGGGGCUGAGCUGACCAAGCCGUUCCAAGCGAUCGUGGCCAUUAAUGACAUCCUCCAAGACG